AUGGCGUAUGAUAAGAAACAUGGUAAUUAUUCAAGAUACAAUAAUAAUAAUAAUAAUAAUUCAUAUAACAAUCGUAAUUCGAGAACUUCUUUGAAUGAUGAUGAAUAUCGUUUAGUUAACCAAGGAAAAGAUGAUCUUUUUAAUAAAAAGAAAACUUUUUCACCCAUAACUUCACUUAAAGAUCAUUCACUUUUAUUACAAGAAAAUCUUUUUAUAGCUGAUAAAUGGAAUAUUGAAGAAUUAUUACAAUUGAAAGAAAAACUUAAUAAUACUCGUAAUCGUUUAAAUGAAAAAGAUAUUAAAGUAUGGAAACAACAUACACAAAAAACAAACAUGACAGGUAGAAUUGUUUGGCCAUUACGUGAGAAAAAUCAUAUCGAAAUGUGUACAAAUGCAUGGAUUAAAAUGACUGAAAUAUUUUCGAAAUAUGAAAAUCUUAUUCCGAAAGAUUUACCUGAUAAUCAACCAUUUCGCAGUGUACAUAUAUGUGAAGCACCAGGCGCUUUUAUAUGUGCAACUAAUUUCUAUUUUGAUAAAUAUAAUGAAAACAGACAUCCACGUUCAUCUCCACGACAAUGGGAAUGGACAGGUCUUUCACUUAAUCCAUAUUAUGAGGGAAAUGAUCAAGAAGCCAUGGUUGAUGAUGAUCGAUUUAUAAUUGAAACAUUAGAUAAAUGGUAUUUUGGUAAAGACAAUAGUGGAAAUAUUUUAGAUAAAGAGAAUAUUCACGGUUUAUGGGAAAAAAUCCGAGCUAAUCCUCUAUCAUCAGGUGUUCAUUUAGUAACAGGUGAUGGUAGUGUUGAUACAUCUGGUGAUCCAAAUGAACAAGAAUCCAUUGUAUCUGAACUUCAUUAUACAGAAGCUAUAUGUGCACUGGGUGCAUUAGUAAAAGGUGGUUCACUUGUAUUAAAAAUGUUUAAUUUAUUUGAAUGUGACACAAUUUGUCUUCUUUAUGUUCUUGCUCUUCAUUUUAAAGAAUUAAGUAUAUUUAAACCAGCAUCAUCACGUUCACCAAAUGCAGAAACAUAUGUUGUUGCUCUUGGAUUUCGUGGUAUUGAUCCUGCUAUACUUGAAUCCUUACUUUCGUUUGUUUCGGCAACAUUUCCAUUUGGAAAAGCAUUAUUAUCACGUGAUUUAAUCCCACAAUCAUUUCUUAAUGAAUUAAUUCAAUUUGCUGAUUAUUUUACAAUGAAACAAAUUCAGGCAAUUGAAAGAAAUCUUGAAUUAGAAAAAAUUUGGAAUAGAAAUGUUCAACAAGCUAUAUUUCAAUUAAAUGAAGAUGUUGUUAGAGAAUUUCGCCGAGUAUGUUUCAUUGAUUAUAAUUAUCGGCAGCAUAUACGUAUUGUUAAGAAUGUUGUACUUGAUGGUUCAGCAAGAUCAUUAGGGAAUAGUGCCUCUGUUGUCAAAGGUGGACUACGUCAAAGAUCUGGUGGAACACUUAAUGAUCGACAAAACAGAAAACGUAAUCAUGAAGUAUAUUUAUCAAGUAAUAAUAAUGAUAAUGAUAAUGAUGAUAUCACUAACGAAAUAGAAGAAGAAAAUCCAAGCAAGAGACUUAAUUUAGGUCAAGGAAAAUCUGUUACUAUUGGGAGCAAAAAUUUAAUUGCGCCAAUGUCAAAUGAAAUGGAUAUAGAUUCACCAAAUAAUCAAGUAGAAGAAAAAGAAUCAAUAGCUAUGAAAUUGAUGAAAAAAAGUGGUUAUAAAGAAGGUCAAGGUUUAGGUAUUCAUAAUCAAGGACGAUCAACAGCAAUUGAAACAGUUAUACUUGAUACUCGUCUUGGUUUAGGUCAUCAUAAUCAAUUACCAAUUACAUCGUCAUCAUUUUCGCCUUUAGAUUUACCUAAAGUAUUCGAUGAACCAUUAUUUUCAGAUUAUGAUAAAUCACAAUUAAUAAAUUUAUCUUUUUCAUUAUCAAAUGAUAAAAAAACUACUAUUGCUCCUGGUUUAAAUUCAAUCUUAUCAUCACUUUAUAUUAAAUUUGAUGAUUUAGAAUUAUUAUAUAAAACACGCGAGGAAUAUUUUAAUAAAAUUAAAAAUAAUGAAAAAUUUAAAAAUAUCAGAAUCUUUAUAAGUGAUCAACUUGAAUUAUUAAACUCAGGAGAAAAAUAUGGUAAUCAUGGAAGUUUUAUUAAUUAUCAAAUUGCAUUUCAAUUAGCUUCACUUGAUAAAAAUUUUAAUUUAACAUCAAUUAAGGUAGAUGAUUCAACACGUUUAUCAUUUAUUAUUGAGAAUUCAACAUUAACUGGUUUUGCUGAAUAUCUUACAUGGCAACAACAAGAUGAUUUAAAUGGUUUUAUAAUUUCAGAUGAAAAAUAUAUAUUUCCAUUUAAUUCAUCAAUUCAUUAUAAACCUGAUAUUGAUUCAAUUCCUUCAAAAGUUCAUUUAUUUUUUUCUGAUCUUACAAUUUUACCAUUGAAUCAAAAAAUUAAUCAACGUUAUUUAGAAAUAUAUAAUAAAAAUCAAAUGUUAAUAUCAUGUCGAAAUGCAUUAAACAAACUAAAUGAAAAUGGGCAUUUUGUAUGUAAAUUAACAGAUACAUUAACACGUUUUACAACUUCACUUAUUUACUUACUUUACUGUUUAUUUAAAUCAGUUACAAUUAUUCGCCCAUUUACACUUGAUCCAUCAAGUUCUCAUCGAUUUUUGGUUUGUAAAGAAUUGGUAUAUCCUGUUAAUAAAUCAAUUAUUCAAUAUUUAGAAGAUUUAUUACAACAUAAACCAACAGAAGAUAUAUUAGAAAUAAUAUCGGUUAAAUGCUUAAUUCAUUCAGGUUUUCAACAAUAUGUACACAAUACAGUUCAACGUUUAUUACAAAGAGAAGUGCAAGCUUUACAAAAACGUCUUUACUUUAUUAAUCAAUCAAAUCAUCAACAAAUUAAUUCGAUGUUAAAAGAUGAAGAUUUAAAAAAAGCACAUGAAUAUAUUACUGUUCCACGUCGUUCUCGAAUUCUAUGUGUUGAACCUGAUUCAGGUAUAAAACUACCUUCAGGUUGGAUAAAAGAAUGGAGUAAAAAAGAAGAACGACACUAUUAUUUUAAUAUAAAUACAGGUGAAUCUCGUUGGGAACCACCAAAUUAA